ACCUUCCUCUAGGGAUGCUAGGCCUAAAGUAGUGGUUUUCAAUUUGUGGAUCCCCAGAUGUUUUUACCUCAACUAGAAAUCCUAACAGCUGGUAAACUGGCUGGGAUUGCUGGGAGUUGUAGGCCAAAACACCUAGGGAUCCACAGGUUGAGAACCACUGGCCUAAAAGGAGCUCUCCUAAAGAUGGGGAUGUGAAAUCGGUUGGGUAUUUAUUAUCUGAGUUAAUAUAUUAAUAUAUAAUAUGAUGGGUUCCUCUGGGAUGUAUGGCCAUAUUCCAGAAGCAUUCUCUCCUGACGUUUCACCCACAUCUAUGGCAAGCACCCUCAGAGGUUGUGAGGUUUGUUGGAAACUAGGUUUUGGACUAUGAGGAUUAACCAGAAUACUGUAUUACAAGGAAAAAGGGUGACCCUGGUACCAUACACCUCUGCUCAUGUCCCAAGAUACCAUGAGUGGAUGAAGUCUGAAGAGCUACAACGUCUAACUGCAUCUGAACCACUGAGCCUUCAACAGGAAUAUGAGAUGCAGCGCAGUUGGCGGGAAGAUACCGACAAAUGCACAUUUAUAGUACUUGAUACUGAUAAGUGGUCUAGGCAGAAAGCCACAGAAGAGGAAUGCAUGGUUGGAGAUGUAAAUUUGUUCCUCACAGAUCCUGAAAAUCGGAAAGUGGGAGAAAUUGAAAUCAUGAUUGCAGAGCCAAGCUGCCGUGGCAGAGGGUUUGGCAAAGAAGCUACGCUAAUCAUGAUGUCUUAUGGAAUGAUACAUCUUGGACUCACCAUCUUUGAGGCUAAAAUUGGAUUGGAAAAUAAAGCCAGUAUUGGCAUGUUCAAAAAGAUUAAUUUUAAAGAGGUGGGAGUAAAUAAUAUCUUUCAAGAAGUGACACUGAGAAUGAUUGUGGAUGAACAAGAGAGACAGUGGCUGCUUGAACAAACCAGCUAUGUGGAUGAAAAAAAAUACAGUCUCAUGCAAUUGCAGAAUCCGAUUUCUGACAGCUGAGAAGACUGAACUUUCUUUAUCCAUACCAUUGAAGGAUGGGGCAGUUUUCAUUCAAACUCAGACUCAUGGGGUCAUCCAUAGUUCUUGUGAAAGAGUUAAGAAUGAGAUAGUGGACAGAAAUUAAAACUGUCCUGCUGCUGCUCAGCAUGCUUCUUGCAUCCUGUAAAAAUAUGGAAUCAGAUAACUUCUCUGAACUACAUCAUCUCAGUUUAAUAUUGAUUUUAUCAAUAGAAAAUGGCAAGCAUAAAUGCAAGACUAUUGCAGAGUUGCAUAUCUAUAAUGUUGGACAGAAGCCUACCCUGCCUUCAGUGCAUGAAGAGUCAGAUGAAUUAAGAAAAACAUUUUGAACAUCCAUCAGAUGAAGCCACAGAAAAUUGACAUUAUAAACUGAUAACGCUCUAUGUUAAAAACAUCCACAAUAAAUUGUUUUAUAAAACCUUGCUUCAAAAGAAAUAAAAACUUGGCAUCAACAGGAAAUAAUAA